AUGGGUCAUCCUGAGGUCCUACAGACUAUCAAAUUUAUUCAACAGUCUUACUGGUGGCCACGUCUUGAAGCCAGUGUUCAAGAGUUUAUAGCAGCAUAUCCUAAAUGUGCCCAACAUAAGAGUCCAAGGGGUUCUCCUCCAGGAUAUCUUGAAGGUCACAUUAAGGGAGAUAUUUUGAUUGACAUCAGUAGUGGAUCCUUCAUUCAUCAUCUCUUUACACCCAGUGGAUUUUUCAAACAGAUCCUUGUGCUGAAGUGCUCUGAGCAAUGUAUUAUGGAGCUGAACAAAUGGAUUAACACACAUACUGGAGCAUUUGAUUGGUCUCACAUAAUGGAAUAUAUUAAAUGCCUAGAAGGAAACAGUGUCCUCUUUCAGGAUAAAGACAUAAUGUUGAAGACGGCAAUAACAAAGACAGUGAAAUGUGACACCAGCAAAGAGAAUCUGACAGACCCGGAGGUGCUCCCACCAGCAGACUGUGUCAUCAUUGGAUGGAUGUUGGAUUUCAUCAGCAAAGACCAAGAUGAUUAUAUAAGGAAUUUUAGGAAAUUUGUGAAGCUACUGAAACCUGAGGGAACCCUGAUAUUGAUGGGGGUUUUAAAUGCAUCUUUUAUCAUUAUUGGGCAGGAAAAGAUACAUGUGUUCAAAUGUGAUGAGAACUUUUUAAGAAAAGUUCUCACUGACGAAGAGUUUGUUAUUGAUUACUGUGCAGUCCAGAAAAGAACAUCAGCGAGUGACCUUAAUGACUAUGAGGCAGCUAUAUUUAUCACAGCUCACAGAGAGUAA